ACGAGGUGAAGGUAAAGAUUUGCUAGGCUAAACGGUUGAGUUAAAGGAUUUGUGCAGUCCUAAAGGUAAUGGGCGGGACAUUAUUUUGACAGACACGCGUAAACAGACUCGGGAACCAAUCAGCCUGCGUUUUAUUCGGUCCUAAUGUCAAAUGUUCCGGUAAGUGGAGGCGUCCUUGCGGAACCGGAGACUGCGCGAUACUGAGACGUGCCGGGACGCGACCACGUUUAGCGACACACAAAGGAUUUGCUGAGCAAGUGUUGAUGUGACUGUCUUGAUGGAGUGAUUUGGCAGCGAGAAUCCAAUGGCCUCCGUGGAGCUGCUUUACAUAGAUAAAGAGAGCGGGCGAGACGAUCCACCGGAUGCACCUGAUUGGGCCCCAUCUGUACAUGCGAUAGAUGGUCCAGCUGAAGGAUCAAGCCUCAGGGAACAUGAAAGCAGUUUACAUGGAAAAGCUUUUGUCACCGAGGGUCAGUGUCAUUCAGCACCAAAGAUGACCCCGAGCAAAGGACUAACAGGAAAGCGCUUUCGCCAGGAGAAGAUCAGGGUGUGUUGUGACGAGGAGCUGGAGACCUCUUUCACUUAUGUUGAUGAAAAUGUCAAUCUGAGACACGUCACGCCAGAGACGAGCGAGAAAAGCCUCCAUGAUGUGACGCCUUGCCCCGACUCCCCAAACGAGAACCGCCUUGAAUUUUCCUUAAUGUCCGACCUGACGUCUGAGAGCGCAGGAAAACCAGUAGAUUAUGGAUUUAUCAGUGCUGUCACCUUCUUAGUAACAGGAAUAACUUUAGUAAUCAUAUCGUAUUCUGUCCCUCGUGACUCAGGAGUAAACCCGGACUCUGUCUCAGCACGAGAGAUGGAGAGACUGGAAAGUGAGAGUGCAAGGCUUGGGGCACACCUGGAUCGGUGUGUUAUUGCUGGGCUUUGCCUUCUCACGUUAGGUGGGGUAGUGCUUUCUACUCUGUUGAUGAUUUCAAUGUGGAAAGGAGAGAUGUACAGGAGAAAGGCCUUCUCAUAUUCCAAGCACUCAGCGAAGCUUUAUGGCUCGACUAAUUUGAGAACAAAAUCAAACUCUGCUCAGUCAUCAGCACAUAAUUUUGUUGAGGAACACUCUGCUGGUAAUUUAAGCUAAUCUUUUUCUCUUUGUAAACACAUGUCGAAAUUAGACUUGCAUACCACAGAAAGUGUGUUUUUAAGUCAUUUUUCACUGGACACUGCGGUACAGCAAGCUUUGUUACUCCAGACUAAUCCAAAUCUAGAGUUAGCCUUACCUUAGUAAAGCACCAUGUCAGCUUCUGAUGGGUUGUGGGAUGCAACAUCAUUUCCUAUGCAACACUAACAGUAGCAACUGUUCCUACUUUUCCAUACACACACUGACAAGGGCUUGCACUCUUUUCUUUGUACUUUAUUAAAUUAUUAUCAGAUGCUACUACUGAAAAUUGCUGUGCCUUAUUGUCUGGUAAAUGGUGAUUCUAGGUAGCUAGUGUUUCUUUUUUUUUUUAAUGAUGGUUGUGUGACUCAUAUGAUAACUGUGAGGAUUGUGGUAUGAUUCUGUUUGACUAAUGAAUAUUGCAUUAUUUAUAGCUCCACUGGAUUUGGAUGCCCUUGUAUGAAGGGUAACCAAUUUCAUCAUGGACAUUUUUCCUGCAAAAAAACACAUCAAAGUGAAAACAGCUUGAAUAUAUUAAACUGGUUUUAAAAAAAAGCCUAGUAUUUACUAGUAUAAGAUUACACUAAAAUAUAUAUUAGAAUACUAAACUAUUUCUAUUGAGCAUUUCAAGCCUUGCACAGCUGGCAGAUAAUUUUGCCAAAUUUAAACAUUUAUUUCUACAAAGACA